AUGGCGAACCACACGCGUGCUGCACAGCAAGCAUUGCAGAAGGCGUAUGGAUCAGCCAGCAUGCUACCGCCUACCGACAACACAGCAUUGCUGAGCUCCACGCUGUCUCUGUACAACCCUACGCUGUUCCUCGCCUCCUCAGCGCUAUUUCAGCACACCGGAGCACUGGCUUUCGUAUUCUUGCUCAGAGGCUUCUGCACGAAACGGGUACUCGACAUCCACUUCCUCACGAUCGUGUUCGCCGUAUCCAUGAUCUUGGCGCCCUUCGUCUUCUUGAUUAACACUGAGCUCAAUCGGAUCAAGGUUUUAUUCUUUCUGGAACACGAAGCCAUCGAAGUGCUCAUAGCAGCGCGGGUUAUGCUUCCGGCUGAUCUGGUAGCACGAAAGCCCGGGCUCAUCAUUCUUCUGCUGUACUCGGGGCUGUUUUGCAUGUCACUGCCCGUGAUCAUGCACGACUUCUUCUCUCAAUCAGCAAUGGUCGUGGCGUGGGGUGCCUUUCUUAGCGACUUCUUGCUGGGGACUUCGGGGCUAUUCCUCAUCAAGAGAUGGAUCACGAAAAAGAGAGAUGUGUCCAGCAGGGCGGUUACGCAGAAGCGUCAGGCAGAAGCACUCGCUGGACUUGGCUUCAUGCUGCAUGGCUUUCCAACCAUGAGCGUCGGCCCAAUCUUCACACUGGUUGUCUACAACGGUUUGAACCCUGACUGGUUCGCGUACGCAUGGGUCGGAGUAUUCUUGUCUGCUUUCUUCGCCAUUGCUUUUGCUGUGCCCACAGCGGCCCUCUUCUUCUCGAACACGUGGUGGUGCUGUGGAAGCCGCAGACCGAUCUACCCGGGAGAGAUUGACUGGGAAGAGGAUCACCUGCAAGAGAAGCCGCGACAUCGGAUAUCUGCUCCCAUGUUUCGACCACCGGGGGCAUCAGGAUCGUCUGUUGAUGGACAUCAGGUGGAAGCCGUGCCGGUCAGCGUGCAGCGCGUUCGGUCGGGCUUGGAGUGGGAACUGUUGGCGAAGGCGAUUUGGUAG